ACACACAUACAUACAUACAUAUAUCGGAUGACAAAUCGUGUGAAGUCUCCAUUAAACCAGCUGCUUGUGAUAUCGUCGUUUUUUCGUGAUCGGAUUAACCGAAAGAUCCCAAACCCAAAAGGAUAAGAAUCCAAUAAAGAAGAGGAAAAGGAAUUGCACAAAGAUACGAUCGCAUUUCGAGAAAACAAUAUUUCUUAAGCGAGAUCGUCGAAAUUUUGGAAAUGGGAGUUCCAUCUUCCGCAAGUACAGAAGUCAACAUAUUGAACGAGAUUCAUUAUUUAAAAAGUCAAAUAGAGCAAUACAAACAAAAGACACAGACAAUUUUGCAGUCUAAUGAAAAAACUAAUCGUUCAAACAGGAAUCUUAAAUUUAUGAAAUUGAAAGUUCAAUCAGAUCUAUCUCGUGAUUUUUCUUUGAAUUCUAAAAUGCUACCCGCAGAUUCAAAAUUUAAAAACCCAGCUGUAAAGUCAAAGUUGCUCUCCACAAAUGUUUAUGUUAAUCCAAAUUUUAAACAAAAGCCAACGGUACAUAUCAAUCCAAAUAUCCAUACUAAACCUUUAAUACACAUUAAUCCAAAAAUGAUGCAUGACAUUUCUAAUGCAAAUCAAAAUCUACAAAACAAUAUAAGUAUAACAAACGCGACUACGACAAAAAUAAACAUAGACAGUAGUGCUGUACAGCCGAAUGUCAAGAGAUCCAUAUAUGUUAAUCCAACAUUGUUGAAGAAAUUGUCCUCGUCUAAAGAAAAGUCAACAAAUUCUAAAGAAUCAGUUAUAACAGAACGUCCCGUUUGCUCAAGAUUGAAAUUUGUGAAAAAUAUUGAUAAUCGAAAGAUUUCUCCUAGGAAGACUAGCAAUUCUAGCAUUGUACUUUUAUCACGUAGAAAACUCGUAAGAGUAUCUACUACAAAAAAUGCAUCAAGAAUUUCUCCAUUACAUCAACGUAGAUCAUCAAAAUGUGCAGAGUUAAAAGAUAAAAAAAUGGAAACAAUAACGCAGAAAGUUAUGAAAACGAAACAAUUAAUAAAUAAUAAAUUGCAAUACAAAUAUGGUACAAAAAUGGUCUCAAAAUCAGGUAUCAAUAAAUCUAAAAUGGUAAUAAAUAACAAAUCUAAAGUAACCAAAUAUAAAAUAGAUAGAACUAAAUUACAUAUAUCAAAAGCUAAAGAGACCGGUCUUUUAGAAAUACGGAAAGAUGUAAACGACACAAAAAAACUUGUUACUAUUGGUGGUAUUGUUUAUAGAGCUUCCAAAAAUAAAUUAAUUCGCAGAAAUUCUUUGUUAAAACGGAAACGAUCAUUCAGUGGAAAGAAUGAUAAACUUAGUGUUACUAUUAAUAAUAAAAAACAACGAUUGAGUAAAGAAUCUUUAAAUCGCACAUUAGAAACAAAUAUCAAUAAAACACGACUUACUUUCAAUGUAUCUCCAAAAGUUACUUACAAAAAUAGUAUCAGCAACAAAGUAAAACAAAGAAGCAUACGAAUUUUACGAAAUAAAAUGCACAAGAAUAAUCAGCCUUGUUUGAUUUUUCAACGAUUCGGGUCUUGUCCAAAUCAUGAAAAUGGAUCGUGCAUUAAACGGCAUGAUAAAAAGCAAGUGUCGCUCUGCAAAAAUUUUCUGCAAGGGAAGUGUUUCUUAGACAAAUGUACUUUAUCGCAUGACGUUGGGCCUGAGAAAAUGCCUACAUGCAAGUACUUUCUCGAAGGCUGUUGCACAAGAGAUGCCUGUCCUUAUCUUCAUGUUAAAGUAUCUUCAAACACUCCAAUUUGCAUAGAUUUUCUACAAGGAUAUUGUGCUAAGGGAAAUAAGGUAACUGCGUUUUUAUAUUCAUUUUUGUUGUAUUUUAAUUGAGUACAAGUACUCCUAACAAAAAAAUG